AUGUUUCCACGAGGACCACCAGGAGGCUGCGGCGGACGGGGUGGUCGUGGACCUCCACCACCUUUCGGUCCACCCCCGUUCGGACCACCACCACCAUUCGGAGGACGGCCCUUCGGACCGCCGCCGUUCGGACCACCCGGUCCAUGGGGCCGACCUCCUUUCGGACCGCCCGGUCCAUGGGGCCCACCUCCCUUCGGACCCUGGGGACCGCCCGGUACAAACACUGGAACCAAUCCCGGAACCAACCCCGGUACGAAUCCCAGUACAAACCCAGGAACCAAUCCCAGUACAAACCCUGGAACCAAUCCCGGUACGAACCCGGGAACGGAUCCAGGGGAUGAAGUGAAGCCACCAACAGGGCCAAAUCCAGGACCAGGACCGAACAGACCGAAUAGCGGUUCGACAGAUCCUCCACUUUACUGA